UGACAGGUAGCCCACAAUUAGCCCCUUCGGGAUAAUUAGCGAAUUGACGAUUGCCCAUAAGCAGGCUGUGAUUAAAGGACCCUACAUAUUCAAUUCCGCCUCCGUGGCCCCCGGUAACAGAUACGUUACCAAUGAAAAGCAUGGAUUGGUUUCACUGCAACCAGUGUUUCCGCCAAGAUGGGGCUGACUUCUGCAUCACCAGCUGUGGACACCUCUUCUGCCGGAAAUGCUUUACCGCAGAUAAAUGUGCCAUUUGUGGUGCCACCUGCAAGUAUCUCUGUCUCGCCAGUAAUAUGAAACCCCAAGAAAAGAUCUUUUUCAAGAGCCCAGUGGAAACAGCCCUCAAAUAUCUGGCCCACAUCUCCCAGGUGUGGGGUUUCCAGCGGGCGCAGACCGAGCGGCUGCUCUCGUUCUACAAGGACCGGGUGUCCCAGGCGGAGAGGUCCUUGCAGGAGGCGCGCCAGAAACUCUCCACUUGCGACAGAGAGUUAGAGGCGCUGAGGGAGGAGAACAAGGAGCUGAAGAAAUAUCUGAGCAUCCUCAAGGCCUCGCCCCGCCGAUGCCCGGGCCACGGGUGCUCGCAGUGGUGGGAGGGGAAGGCAUGUUCAUAG